CUUCAACCCUUUUUGAAGAAGCAAUGCGGCGACGCGAACUUUCUAUUUUGAUUCCUCUGAUUCUACUUACAUGGAAACAAAUCCAAGCAACCACCGUCGGUCUAUUUGACCAGCAACGACAACAAUCACUUCCCGGUUGCACGGCAGCUGACAAGCCGGACCUGUAUAACUUGGCAGAAAACUACGACCGAACGGACCACUACCAGAAGAUGGCCAGCAAGUUGUGCGCCUGCGAUUUCGAAGUGUUUGGAAUUGUUCAAGGAGUUUUCUUCCGGAAGUACACACAAAAACAGGCGACCAGUCUGGGCCUCCAUGGUUGGUGCAUGAACACCCGUGACGGCACCGUAAAGGGUCAGAUGGAAGGCGAGGAGAGGAAUAUCAACGAAAUGAAGCAUUGGUUACAAACUAAAGGCAGCCCUAGCAGCCGCAUUGAUAAAGCGGUUUUUAGCGAAAUGCGAGAGAUUCAUAAGUACAGUUUUAGUGAUUUCGGUAUCAGGCGUUGAGCUCCUAUUUAUUUGUGUACAGCUAAUAUUUAUAUGUAAUAAAUUAUUUUUUGGUGGAAAUUACAA